GAUACCAAGUGAAAUGUAGAAGACGAUGAGAGGGUAAAACGGAUUACUAUGCCCAGAAAUGCUUGGUGAUACAGGAUAAAAAUAAAUACAGCACACCCAAAUACAGGAUGAUAGUUCGUGUAACAAACAGAGAUCUCAUUUGUCAGAUUGCUUACGCCUGUAUUGAGGGGGAUAUGAUAGUCUACACAGCAUAUGCACACGAACUGCCAAAAUAGGGUGUGAAGGUUGGCCUGACAAACUACGCUGCAGCGUAUUGUACUUGCCUGCUGCUGGCCCGCAGUCUUCUCAGUAGGUUUGGCAUGGACAAGAUCUAUGAAGGCCAAGUGGAGGUGACUGGCCAUGAAUACGAUGUGGAAAGCAUUGAUGGUCAGCCAGGUGCCUUUACCUGCUAUUUGGAUGCAGGCCUUGCCAGAACUACCACUGGCAAUAAAGUUUUUGGCGCCCUGAAGGGAGCUGUGGAUGGAGGCUUGUCUAUCCCUCACAAUACCGAGCGAUUCCCUGGUUAUGAUUCUGAAAACAAGGAAUUUAAUGCAGAAGUACACCAGAAGCACAUCAGGGGCCAGAAUGUUGCAGAUUACAUGUGCUACUUAAUGGAGAAAGAUGAAGAUGCUUACAAGAAACAGUUCUUUCAAUACAUAAAGAACAAUGUAACUCCAGACAUGAUGGAGGAGACAUACAAGAAAGCUCAUGCUGCUAUACGAGAGAAUCCAGUCUAUGAAACGAAGCCCAAGAAAGAAGUUUUUUAA